AUGACGUCACCAUUUCUCGCCAGCCAGCAAGUCAUAAACCACAUUAAUAUUAAUGACGCGGUCAGAGUCAAAAUGACAUCAAUCAUUAUUAAGAGCUGCGGAAUAACCACAAUCACCUCAGUAAAAACACCACCAGCAACAACAGCAGCCACAUCAGCAGCCACAGCAGCAGCAACAACAAAAAAGGACGCCCUUACGAAAACCAAUCAGAAUCAGGCUUCCCAGCCAGGCGCUACUUUCUCUCAUUACUAUUGGUCGCCGCAUCUGUCGGUUACGUGUCAGUUUGACCUUGACUUUUCGGCCCCAGAAUGUCAUAUAGAAGCAGCAGCAGAUAUACAGACAGACAGUGGCCGCCAAGUCGUAGCCACAUCAGCCACGCCAACAUUUUUAGACGAUUUCAGUAGCACAACAUCCAUCAACAACCACAACAUCGCCAAGCAGCAGCAGCAACAAUCAUUAUCAACAUCUUCAACGUUCAAUACUGCAGUUACUACUAUUGUAGUAGAUACUGCAACCACUAUUCCUGCUACUGCUACUGCUACAAACGCUACUAUAACAGCCACACCGUCAAGCAGUUGGGAUAUGUUUUCAUUUGGGCUUCUCAUAUGCUCAAUAUUUAAUGACGGCAAAUCCAUACUAAGUAGUGGUAGUAGUAACAGUAGCGUUAGUAGCAGUAACAGUAUUGGUAGUAAUAGUAUUGGUGGCGGUAGUAGUAGCAGCGGGAAUAUUAGCUUCAAUAACUACAUGAAACAAGUUGCCAAACUUCCGGAUUUGUUUAGUGACGUAAGCAAGCGCAUGCCAUCUUCGAUUGUCGAACCGGUUGAAAAAUUGUUGGACAGGGAACCGACAUACCGACCAACGGCUCAACUCUUUAUGCUGUUGAAGUGUUUCGAUGAUCCGAUAGUUCAAUGUUUGAGGAGGUUAGAUUCGAUUCUUCAGAAAGACACAAUGCAAAAAAUCGACUUUUUUAACCGACUCAAUCAGGUCAUUCCUAAAAUUCCGCCGGCCAUGCAAUAUACCUACUUGAUUCCAUUUUUCGACGACAUGCUGCAGCAGCGAGAACAGCAGCUUCAUCAGACGCAGCAGCAGCAGCAACAGCAGCUGCCACAACAGCAGCAGCCGGACAAUUUAACCCUGUUGCUGCCCUCGCUGUUAUGCUUGAUACAGCUGUCCUCGUUGGAAGAUUAUAGGUUAAAGGUCAAACCCCUCGUGUCAAAUAUUCUCAAUAUGCAAAAGUCAACCGAGAUAACAAUCUACAUCUUGGAACGUUUGGAAAUUAUCCUAUCAAAAUCAAACGAUAGCGACAUACAGACAGACGUUCUGCCGAUGGUGUUCCAUACUUUGGAGACCAACUCAGUCCCCGGGCACGAGGCGGCUAUAUCUAUUUUUGAUACUAUCCGGAGAUACAUCGAUGACAGCACUAUCAAAAACUUGAUACUCCCUAGAACGAAGACAUUGUUCCUUAUGUCUAAUAACGUUUUGACAAAACUAAACGCCCUGGCCUGCUUAGAUCGUUUGAUUGACAGCUUCGACAAGAUGACCGUUUUAGAAGAGGUCCUGCCUUUUCUGACGGAAAUCACGUGCUCAGAUGUUGACAUCACCAUGGCGAUAAUAGCAAUAUACAGACAUCUAUUGAGUGACCGGAAGUACGGACUGACCCACAACAUCCUGGCCACCAAGGUCAUACCCUCUCUCAUACCCUACGCGGUCGCACCUGGGCUGACCAUUGCACAGUUCACCCAGUUGAUCGAACUGUUGAGAGAGAUGUUGGGACAAGUUGAUCAGCAGAGGAGGUUGAAAAUGAUGGGAGAAGCUCCCAACAUCUUGGCUCUUGAAGGAAGAUCAAAUCUUCAGCAGAUGCACGUGCAGCAACAGCAGCAGCAGCAACAAACUCCACCAACGCCUAACAUCCGACUACCCGACGAUAACCAAUCAUGUGCUUCGGGUUCAAGGUCACGAAGGGUCAGCUGCACUAGCUCCAUCUCUAACUCCAGUAAUUUUUCUGGCUAUUUUGGAAAACGUUUGUCUCAGGACUUUCGAUUCAACAUGUACGAGCCUAACUCGCCCUUGAAUAAAUACUUGCUAACAGUUGAUAGGAGAAAUUCCAUUAAUAGAUACGGGUGCAGGCAAGCUCCCAGCAAUCCGGAACUGCAAGCAAGGACAUCGUCAAAAGACUCGCUACUGAGCAACCAGGCCUACAGGAAGUGCUCCAGCUUUACUGGCUUGGGAUCGGAAGAGAAGACAGUCCUAGAGAGAAUAGUACGUGACAGAAGAGCCAGCAUGGCGCCCAGGGGUUCCAUCUCAACGGGUGCGGGCGCACCGCACAUCCACGUGUCCGAGGCAUCUUUGGGUGUGGGGGGGUCCGAGAAUAAUUUCGGUGGCUGGUCGUGGUUCGGUUCGAACAGGAGGUGCAGUACGCAAAGUGUCGGCCCCGUCGUGCAGCCGGAACCCGGACGUCGAAGUAGCCAGGGUAAAAUUCUGGACAGCAUCCAAAACGAGCUGAGAAGGGCAAGUUUCCAAGGGAUUUGCGAAUCAGCUGUUCAAUUCUUCUCUGGUAAAUGAAGAAAGCCAUGACGUCAUCUGAUUAAUAAUAAUAACUAUUAUUAUUAGUACUACUAUUAUUAUUACUAUAUAAAACAAAUUUGAAUAUAUUUUAUAUUAAAUGCUGAAUUAUUCAAGGAAUAUGGCAAUAAAAUAAUACAUAUUAAACACCAUAUCGUAUCCAACAUCCAUGAUUAUAUGGUUCGCUUGAUUAUACAUACACAC